CACUACGAAACAGCGAGAGUAUCACGGUUUGUGCGAAUCCCUGUGGUUAUAACGAAGGGGUUGCGUUACGGUAUCCGCGAUGUCAUCGAAAGACUGGCACCCGUAUACUAAAUACCUCAUAGUUUUAGCUGUUCUUGGCACCGCGGCGUUUCUGUUUCUGGGAGUCGGUUCGGGGACUGAUUACUGGACCACUGUUACUCACACCAACACAACUGGGAGGACCUACCUUGAAAGUCACAACGGCUUAUGGAGGAACUGUUACCACCCGGACACUGUACCGGCAGACUCAGGAAUGGAAUGUAAAACGUUCAACUUCACAAACAUUCCAGAAAAGGGAUCCCCGGGCUACGAUUACAAACUGACAAUGUAUGCACUUCGACUAUCGGCGAUUGUAUCCGUCAUAUUUGGACUUAUUUUAGUGUUCCUAGGCGAUAUUCUAGCACUAUGUACAACAAGAAUACACAAGAGACCGUGGUUUAUUGCAGCGGGAACGUUUUUUCUUUUUGGAGGAUUUUUUGUUUUGGCUGGUUUGUGUCUUUACAUAACUAUGGCAACGCAUCAUAUCAAAUGGUGGCCUUCUGAGCUUGGUUCACCGCCUAACUGGACGUACAAUUUCAGUUGGUCGUUCGCUUUGAUGUGGGUUGGGCUCACCUUUUCGAUGCUGACGGGAGGCACGUUUGUGUGGUUGACGAGGCUUUACGUGGAAGACAUGCUCUGAAUCAAAGACUACUGUGUUUUCAUAUUUUUAUUUCUGUAUAGUUUUUAUCCACGCUCGAUCGCUUCUAGCAACUCGAUCGACGGUGCUCUUAAUAUCUCAUUACCCAUUCAGAUUUAUGCAAACAUCACACACUAUGGUAUGUCAUAGACAUCUAUGUGAAA